AUGGUUUUGGGUUAUCUUCCCUUCCUAUCCUUACAAAUGUCUGGACAUUAUCAUAUAACUUUUCCUAUUCCUCCUUCUCCUCCUCCUCAUCCUUUUUAUCCUUCUUCCUCUGUUGCUCCUCCUUCUCCUUCUUCUUCUUCUUCUUCUUCUUCUUCUUCUUCUUCUUCUUCUUCUUCUUCUUCUAUUGCCUGCCUCACUGUCCUCCUCCUCCUUCUUUUUCACUUCUUCUAUUGCUAUUUUCUUCCUUACCCUAUGAUUAUCAUACUUUUCUAUUUCUAUAUCCUCUGCAUCUUCCACAUCUUUUUUCUAUUUCUUCUUCUUCACUUCAUUCUCCUCCUCAUUCUUCUUCUUUUCUUCUGUGCCUCCUUUUUUAUUUUUCUCCAUUUUCUACUUCUAUCUUUUCAACUUUUCCUUUUUAACUUCCUUGAAUUUUUCUUUUCUAUUUUCUUGUUUUUCCUCAUCAUUUUUCUUCUUUUUUUUCUUCUUUUUCUUUUUUCCUACUUUUUCUAUUCUUCCAAAGGUGAACUUCUUCCUUCUCUCUCUUUUCUUUCUGACUUAUUCACUAAACUACUUUUCACCCUUUCUUUUUUCUUCUUCAUUCCUUGUCACAACCCUACCAUCGACAUCAAUAUAUUUAUGAAUAAAUUUCUUCCUCUUUCUCUUUUCUUCUUUCAUUCAUUGGAAACCUCAUUCUUCAUUUUUACUAAUGACUUGUUGUGCAUUUCCUUUCUAUUUUAG